CUCGCAGCCAGCCCCGGCCCUCCUCCAGGGCUGCGUGAGCCGGUGUUUGAUUGGAUUAGAGUCGGCUAGCCUUUGCCCUCUAACCUCGUUGAUGUUGGCUGGCUGCUUCCUGCUCCCUCCGCUGCCCCUGACCGACUGACGAAGCCUGCUGAAGCCGCACGGCGAAGCUCCCCGCACGGACACAGCCGACCGGGACGAGCCGCUACAGCCGCACCAGACCAGACCAGAGCCGAGCCGAGCCACGAUACACACAAGCAGGCGGGCGAAAAAAACGAGGCAGCCAUGCGGAGGAAAUCGAGGAUAUUGUUAUGUUUUGCGGUGCUGUGGGUGCUGGGGAUAGCCUACUACUUCUACUCGGGGACAGCGCUGAGUCGGAAGGAUGACUGGGGCUCCAGUGACUUGUCUAGUAGGAUCAAAGCUCACAGCUCUGAUGACAAGGCUCAUGGCGUGGAGACUCUGCCGCCAGGUAAAGUGCGCUGGCAGGACUUUGACCAGGAUCUAUAUGUGGGUGCCACGGUGGUCCGACCAGGUCAGGAUCCAUACGCCAGGAACAAGUUCAACCAGGUGGAGAGUGACAAACUGCGUAUGGACAGAGCCGUACCGGAUACAAGACAUGACCAUUGCAGACAUAAACAGUGGAAGUCAGACCUACCAGCCUCCAGCGUGGUCAUCACCUUCCACAAUGAAGCUCGCUCUGCUCUGCUGCGGACUGUGGUCAGUGUCUUGAAGAAAAGUCCUCCUCACUUGGUCAAAGAGAUCAUUCUUGUCGACGACUACAGCGAUAACCCGGAGGACGGAGCGUUGCUAGGGAAAAUUGAGAAAGUGCGUGUGUUGAGGAACGACCGCAGAGAAGGACUUAUGCGUUCACGGGUUCGUGGUGCAGACGCUGCCACAGCGCCAGUCCUCACCUUUUUGGAUUCUCACUGUGAAUGUAAUGACCACUGGCUAGAGCCGCUACUGGAGAGAGUAGCUGAGGAUAAGACCAGAGUAGUUUCUCCUAUUAUUGAUGUCAUCAAUAUGGACAACUUCCAGUAUGUAGGAGCCUCAGCUGAUCUGAAAGGAGGUUUUGACUGGAAUUUGGUGUUUAAAUGGGACUACAUGACUCCGGAGCAGAGACGGGCCAGACAAGGCAACCCUAUCGCACCCAUAAAGACUCCAAUGAUAGCAGGAGGUCUAUUUGUCAUGGACAAGGAAUACUUUGAGCAGCUGGGAAAGUAUGACAUGAUGAUGGAUGUAUGGGGAGGAGAAAACCUGGAGAUCUCAUUUCGUGUGUGGCAGUGCGGUGGCAGUCUGGAGAUCAUCCCCUGCAGUAGAGUUGGCCACGUCUUCAGAAAGCAGCAUCCAUACACCUUCCCCGGGGGCAGCGGGACUGUGUUUGCGAGGAACACAAGGAGAGCAGCAGAAGUGUGGAUGGAUGAGUAUAAAAACUUCUACUAUGCUGCCGUCCCCUCAGCGAGAAAUGUCCCCUACGGAAAUAUCCAGAGUCGCUUGGAGAUGAAGAAGAGAUUAGGAUGUAAGCCAUUUAAAUGGUACCUGGAGAAUGUCUACCCUGAACUCAGGGUCCCAGAUCAUCAGGACAUAGCGUUUGGAGCCUUGCAGCAGGGAGGAAACUGCCUGGACACCCUGGGUCAUUUUGCUGACGGGGUGGUGGGCGUCUAUGAAUGCCACAACGCUGGGGGAAACCAGGAAUGGGCCCUGACCAAGGAUAAAUCAGUUAAACACAUGGACCUGUGUCUGACUGUGGUGGACAGAACAGCCAGUUCCCUCAUCAAACUACAAGGCUGUCGAGAGAAUGACAGCAGACAGAAAUGGGAGCAGAUUGAGUCCAACUCGAAGCUUCGUCACGUGGGCAGUAACCUCUGCCUGGACAGCCGCAGUGCCAGGAUGGGUGGACUCACUGUGGAGGUCUGCAGCCCCAGCCUCAACCAGCAGUGGAAGUUCACCCUCAAUUUACAAUCAUAGGGGGCGCUACAGACCCCAGGUAGAGCUGAAUCUUGGACAGAGACACCAACAGACUCUGAGACGCGGGUAAGAAGAUGGACUCAAGGAGAAAGACAAACUCGAUGGAUAAAUGGAUGCUUUUUGCUCCUGCUCCUCCUCCUCAGAGGUGCAGCCAGUCAUGUCUACACCCCUCUCCCCCACCUCACCCCUCCCUCAUAACAAUGAGCCACACACCCCUGGGGGGAGGGGCUUGGAGACCAGACUGGAGUAAACAGGAAUCUGUGUUUGAUGGAUGGGUGGCGACAAUGAUGAUCAUGAUGAAGAUAAAAGCGAUGAAGAGGCUUUCCAUCCAAACUACAUACCUCAGUGUUUUUUCAUUGAUGGUUCCAGAGGUAAUUGAUGAGUGACUUCUUUUUGUUCUCUUAAUUUCUUCAAUGCUGGUGAAAUAGAACUCUUUGAAGUUUUUACUUUGUAAUUAUUUUAUUUUCUUAUUAAUAUUUUUUAUUUCCUGCUCUUAAUUCUCCAAGGGGGCUUUUUUUUUCUUGAAAGAAUCAGAUGUUGGAUGUUGGUGUUGUUACUCCUCUCCAGUGCUCUCUCGUUGGUUUUCCACACCGACCUGGAGCCCGUUAUGACAGACGGAGGCUUCAGGUUGUGGUUUCACUAAAGGUUUGGGUGUAGAGUGAUGUGAAGUGAGGAAAUGGACUCGAUUCCUUGAGCUUUUCCUCUCGUUGACUUUCAUUGGUUUACAGGAUCAACCGAAAAAAGAGAGACGAGGUGGAGAGAAGAAAGCGUUGUGUACUUCCUUGUUUUCUAUACAGUUUUUCCUACAGAUUGUGUCUUGGGGGAGGGGGAAGGGGCUCAGGGAGGAGCCUCUGUACUUUGGACGGGGCCUGACACCGAUUUGGCCCUGGAGAACAGUUCCUGAAACCGGGAAGUGUCCUGAAGCCCACCCUGAAGAUUUACUGUUUGUCUUCAUGCUGCAGCACUGGCUGCUACAGCAUCUUCACUUCUACACCGUUAAGUCUAAAUACGCAGAAAACAAAUCUCUUACCAGUCUUUUUUUGUUUACUUUUGUCAGAAAAAAAAUGGAACCAAAUAUCGAAUGGAUGUUUUGUGUUUCACGAAUACCAGAGGAGCAAUUAAAAGAUUUUUUUCUUUACAUACACUCGCUGCUCACUAAAUGCUCCACAUGGAGCGGUUCAGUUUAUAAAUCUUCUUUUUCCUGCACAGAUAAUUGUCUUUGCCUGUGUCUUUAUUGCCACUGUAGAAAGGUUACUGUCUAAUAAUCAUGCCUAGACUGGAUUUGAUUUUGCAGCUUCUUCUUUAGAGCUAACAGGUGUUUGUGCAUGGUGACAGUGACAUUUUUACACCAUGACGAGAUCCUCAUUGUUUCACAGAUUAACUCACAUUGACAUGAUUGAGAUGAGUGUUUAUUCAUUUUCAACACAACCCAUUAUGCACUGGUAUAGGAAACUCACCGGUGUCCAUAUGUGGCAAACUUGUAAGAGGACUAAUAAUGAAGGUCUGUGACAAAGUUUAGUUGUUUUUUGUUUUUUUUUAAUUUAUUGAGACCUCACAGAUCCCUCCGUUUUGUUGAUAAUGUGAAACCUUGCUUAUUCCAGCCUGAGAACAGAUGCCGUGCGGAAAGAAAAGAGGUGUCUGUUGUCAAACUGUAUGAAAUGUGCAUGCAUGUGUUCUUAAAAGCUCCUGCUAGCUGCAUGCAUCACCAGCAAGUUCCCACAGUUACACUCAGUCAGUAGUGUUUUGCAUCAACAUCUUUUUUUCCUCACUGUGGCUGUUAGAUGAACCAUCUGUUCAGGGGUUUGAUACUGCAAUAAAUAAGGUUUUACUGUUUGUCCUCACUCUGUUUCUCCUCUAGGUGGGCAGGUUUUUUUCACUUUUCUUGUUUGUUUUGGUGAGACACUUCAUUCAGUGCAACAAUAUUUCUUUGUCACCGAACAGCAUUGUGCCACUCAUUAAUUUCUUGUCACCUGAUUGUGUUACAGAUCACAUUUACAGCACAUAUGUCUAUUUACAAGCCCGUUGCCUGGUGCCUGUUGUGUAUCUUUUGUAACAUUAGUCUCCCCUGUGCUUCAUCUUCACUUCAUCUUCACUCCUGUGAUCUUCUGCACUGUUAGUCACUGAUGAGUAAUGAUGUUGGAUUUGGGAGAAAAUUAGUUUUGAUUAUAUUUGGAGCGACUCAUCUCUUGGCAGCUUCAAGGCAUCUGCAUGAUCACAGAGCAUUUAGGAAAGAUAUACUGUAAAACAGAAAUGGGCGAUAGAUAAUCACGUCUCCUAUUUCCUAGUUUUAUUCUAGAAAGAAGCUGCGACCUCAAGUGUGUUUUUUUUAAUGUGAAAUAUCCUCUCUGUUCUCAUUGUUACUCUCCCUCUCUCACACACACAUUCUCAUCCGUACUUGCUCCUUGGAUUUUUUUUUUUUUUUUUUCCCUCACUGGUUUUCCCCAAAACUGACAAAGACAGCUGGCUGUGUUUGCUGUGUUGUCUGAUAGUCUUAUCUCCUUUUCUUGUUUUCUGCUGUUUUGUGUCCUUUUUGUACCUGUUGUUUGCCUUGUCUUACAUGUUCAUCCAUCUGUAAACAGAGUGAGUGGAGUUGAGAAGGUCAGCUGAAACCGCAGCUGGUUGAAAAGCCUAUCCUGUGACUUGAUAGGUUGCUUCAUUGUGCUGCGAGGCACAGGCCCCGCGGGUAUGAAGCCAGAGUGAGACUCACCCAGAGGGGGAGCCGAGAUGUGAGGAAAGUUUUGUGUUGCCAUGGUGACCAGACUCAAGGGCCCAAAUCUGGUUUAGGGUUUCUGUUAGAUUUAAUGCUAAUUAAGAGAUGGAUUUACUGUUAAAGUUUUAAAUACUGGAAAAGGGUUUUUUUUUUGUUAAUCUGUUUGGAAAAUGUAAAAUAAUAUGAAACACAGUUUUGUCAUAAUUUUUUAAGAAUUCUGCAAUGCACAAGUAAUGUCUUUAUUCAUUUUUCUCAAAUGUGCAUCUGAGCAGUGUCUGCAUUCACAAUACAUGACACUAAAGGCAGGUUACAAUCGAAACUGAACAUUUCAGUGGAGCAAGUAUAGAAAGUGUUAGCCUCCUGAAUCGCAUUAUUUCCUGUACCACGCACACACAUACACACACACAGUCCUUUGAAGUGGCUGAAGCUCAUUUUUAAAAUGAAAACAGUGUUUAGUUUAGUUCGCAUGUGUUGUAGAAGAUUAAUUUUUGGCUGAUUCUGAAUUUGCAACCCAAACAGCUGUUUGAACCUGAUGGGUGUAAACCAUGAAGGUAAUUUAUAGGGCAGAUCCAAAGCCUGGGGUGUCCUGGCAUAAAUUUGACACAGGUAGAAUCAUUUUUUAACAGUUAUUCCUUUACUUUUCAUUUAUAUGUGUAAUGGUUAUGUCUCACAAAUGGGCUAGAUAUAAAGAUCCUACAGCCUUCUAAUUUGGUAUAAUUCUGACGUCCAACUAUGCGGCAUGAGCACAACAAUUCUCAAGUAUUAUUGUGUGUCAUCAAGUGUGGAUGCUCUUCACUGUGGGAUAAGUUACAGGCCUCAAACAAGGAGGUCUUAAUUUUCUAAUCCACUGUACUUGGUGGAGAGGGUUAUAUGCUGAUGUUUUAGUGGACUAUAGUGCCCUCUAUUGCCACUCUCCUUGUGAGUAGAGAACUAGGGGGAAAAAGGGACAGGAGCUAUUAAAUUUUUGAUGCAAAAUGCACAAACCAGAGAGUUUCAGGCUUUCUUUCACCUUUUCUGUCUUUAGUUCUUUCUUUUUCUAUGGAAUCUGUUAAUUCUGCCCUGCUAAUUUGGCUGUUAAGUGGAAAUGAGCCGAAUUACACCUCCGAACAGGCAUGAGAACCAUGCUGCAUACACCUGAGUGACCAUGGCAAUACUGUCUUCUUCGGUUCAGAUAUGUUGAUUAAAGCCUUUUCUUGUUAAACUGUU